UUCAAAAUACCACUCAAAUCCGCCAACAUGUUCUCCAAGAUCGCUCCCCUCGCACUCCUCGCCACCAGCGCUGCUGCAGCUGCUGUCCCCCGCAGCAUCGACUGGACCUGGCAAGUCACCGACUUCAGCAGCGUCUGCACCGCCGCAACAUGCUACUACUCGUUCAACGUUGCUGCUCCCACCGGACCAUCCGGUCAGCACUCUUUCGACGCCAAGUACUGCUCCGGCAACAGUUUCCAGGGCGACUACAAGUCGUGCGGCGAAGUCGGUGUGGACGUGCCCGGAGAUGUGCUAGCGCAGGAAUUCAACCAGGGCAUUGACGUUGGCGCCAUCGUCAGUGUGCGGUUUACCUUUACAGACGGCGAGGCUACCUACACGUACACAGGUAACACCACCGUUAAGCAUACCGGUCAGGGCCCGGCUACCCAGUUUACCGUUGUGCCUACCGAAGCUUUUGGCGUGGCGUAGACGUGAAGGAACCACGCGUUCAUGCUCAUGGAUUAUCAUCGUUAUGACUAUUUAAUCUCUUGGCACUAGCGAUGUACCUGUUUGUGUCCUCCAUAAUAUAAUGUAUCUCCGUUGUAUCCAACCUUGUCG